ACACUUUUGUGUCACUUCUUGUUUUUCCGUCUACGGUAAGUAUCUCCCCUCCCCCCUAGAUUUGUUUUUAAUUUUCAUCCACUACCCCGUUCUUCUGGUCAACUUUCCCGAACCCCUUAUCCUUUGGUAGGUUUAAAUCAUUUUUCAACUUUUAUAACUUUGUAUGUUUCUGUGAUUUCCUGUUUUAUAAUGACAUCCCGUCCUUGGUUUAUUGCCGACGAUCCUGUAUUGAAUGCUACCCUUUCAGCUUGAUCAUGUUUUUUUAUGCCAUAGUAAUUUGAUGUGAUUAUUCUCUGUCUGACGUUCAUACAUAUACCAACAAUUGUUGUGCCUGCACGAUACCUAAUUUUACUUUAUUCAGCCUAAUGCAACAACACACGAACUUUAACAAUUAAAGGUAUACUAUGCUCAUCUUUGAGUACAAUUUGUAUUGCAGAAAUUUAUUUAAAUCUGUAAUUUUUACUGAAUAUGUAUAAUUUGAAUAAAAGAAAGAAUAAACUAUGUAUCGAAAUCUGCGUUCCGUAUUAUGGUCUCAUACUCGUCCCGGCUUCGGCGUCCGCGUCCAGAUUUCAGAUUAAAGUUUUGGUGCUGUAAAAUAAUUUUCACUGUAACUUUUUCAUUUCUGAAGGUAUCAACUUCAAACUUCGAAUAUAUGUUCCUUAUCAUCAACCACAUCUUAUGUGACAAGGUUCAUAACUCUACCACCUAUAUGUUUUAGAAUUAUCUCUCCUUGAAUUUAGAAUUUUCCUUAAAAACAUUAUUUUUUACAGUUACUUAUUUAUUUUUUAAGGGAUCAACUUCAUACUUCAAAUAUAUGUACCUUUUCAUUAACCACAUGUUAAUAUCUAGCACCAAUAUUGCAAGAAUUAUCUACCCAUAAACUUAGAUUUAUUUACUUGAAAAAUGUUAUUUUGUACUAUACAUUUUUAUACCCCCAAAAACGAAGUUGGGGGGAGGGUAUAUAGGAGUCAACCGGUGGUCGGUUGGUCGGUCGGUUCGUCGGUCGGUCGGUCCAGACGUCCGUUGCAUUUUCCUUGUCCAGAGCAUAACUUGAAAACUAAUGGUUGGAAUUCAAUAUAACUACAUACAAUGAUCAAGCACAUUGAGAGAAAGUGCAGUGCACAAGAACCAUAACUCUAUCUUGACUUAUUACAGAGUUAUUGCCCUUUGUUACUUUUCCUUGUCCGGGGCAUUACUUGAAAACUACUGGUUGGAAUUAAAAACAACUUCAUACAAUUGUCAAACACAAUAAGGGGAAGUGCAGUGCACAAGAACCGUAACUCUAUCUAAAGUAAUUACAGAGUUAUUGUCCUUUGUUACUUUUCCAUUGCAUUCUUUUGUCCGGACCAUAACUUGAAGACUAAUUGUUGGAAUUCAUUACAACUUCAUACAAUGGUCAAGCAAAUUGAUAGGAAGUGCAGUGCACAAGAACCAUAACUCCAUCUUGACUUAUUACAGAGUUACUGCCCUUUCUUACAUUUUCUUGUCCAGAGCAUGACAUGAAAACUACUGGUUGGAAUUCAAAACAACUUCAUACAAUGGUCAAGCACAAUAAGGGAAAGUGCAGUGCACAAGAACCAUAACUCCGUCUUGACUUAUUACAGAGUUAUUGCCCUUUGUUACUUUUCCAUUGCUUUUUUGUCCGGAGCAUAACUUGAAGACUAAUGGUUGGAAUUCAAUAUAACUUCAUACAAUGGUCAAGCACAUUGAGAGGAAGUGCAGUGCACAAGAACCAUAGCUCCAUCUUGACUAAUUACAGAGUUAUUGCCCUUUGUUACUUUUCCUUGUCCAGAGCAUAACUUGAAAACUACUGUUUGGAAUUCAAUACAACUUCAUACAGUUGUCAAGGACAUUAAAAGGAAGUGCAGUGCACAAGAGCCAUAACUCCAUUUUGACAAAAUACAGAGUUACUGCACUUUGAUACUUUUCCUUGUCCGGAGCAUAAUUUAAAAGGUACUGGUUGGAAUUAAAAACAAUUUCAUACAAUGGUCAAGCACAAUAAGAGGAAGCGCAGUGCACAAGAACUUUAACUCCAUCUUAAGUAUUUAUAGAGUUAUUGCCCUUUGUUCCUUUUCCUUGUCUUUCUGGACUUAUUACAGAGUAAUUCAAUAAAACUUCAUCAAUGGCCAACCACAUUGAAACAAGAACCACAACUAUCUUUUAUUUCCAACAACAAUAACUCUAUUUCAUUUUUUACAAGGUAUUCUGUUACUAGUAACAUUCUCAUUUCCAAAGCAGUCUUGUGGGGGUAUUUAUCACAUUAAGUGAACUAAACUAAACUUUGAACUAAGGAUUUUCAGCUCACCUGAGCUAGCUCAGGGUGAGCUUUUAGGAUCGUUGAAUGUCCGUUGUCCGUCGUCUGACGUCUGUCGUCUGUCCACACUUGUUCGUUAACACUCUAGCGGUCACAUUUUGCCUCAAUCAUAAUCAAACUUUGUCAGGAUGCUUAUUUAGGUAAUAGCUCGGACGAGUUCGAUAUGGGUCAUCUCGGAUGAAAAACUAGGUCACAGGAGCUAAAAAUAGAAAACCUUGUUAACACUCUAGUGGUCACAUUUUUGACUCAAUCAUCAUCAAACUUUGUCAGGAUGCUUAUCUAGGUAAUGUAAAAGCUCGGAUGAGUUUGAACAGGGGUCAUCUCGGAUGAAAAACUUGGCCGCAGGAGCUAAAAAUAUAUAAACCUUGUAAACACUCUUGCGGUCAAAUUUUAGACUCAAUCAUCGUCAAACUUAUUCAGGAUGCUUAUCUAGGUAAUAGUGUGGAUGAGUUUGAACAUGGGUCACCUCAGAUGAAAAACAAGAUCACAGGAGCUAAAAAUAAAAAAAACCUUGUUAACACUCUAGUGGUCACAUUUUUGACUCGAUCAUCAUCAAACUUGGUCAGGAUGUUUGUUAAGGUAAUCGCUCAGAUGUGUUUAAACAUGGGUCAUCUCGGAUGAAAAACUAGAUCACAGGAGCUAGAAAUAGAAAAAUCUUGUUAACAACCUAGUGGCUACUGUUUUGAUCCAAGUAUCCUGGAAAUUGGUCUGAAUUGGUUUUGAUGAUUUCUAGGUCAAGUUUGAGUAUGGGUCACCUGAGGUCAAAAACUAGGUACCACCGCCCAAUUAUGGACAAACCUUGUUAACACACUAAUGGUCACAUUUUUGACUCAAUUAUCAUCAAACUUGUUCUGGAUACUUGUCUUAGUAAUUGCUCGAAUAAGUUAGAACAUGGGUCAUCUCGGAUGAAAAACUAGGUCACAGGAGCUAAAAAUAGAAAAAUCUUGUUAACACACUAGUGUGGCUACUAUACUGUUAUGAUCCAAAGAUCCCGGAAAUUGGUCUCAAAGUUUGUUUUGAUGAUUUCCAGGUCAAGUUUGAAUAUGGGUUACAUGGGUUCAAAAACUAGGUCACACCGCCCAAAUAUGGGAAAGCCUGGUUAACACUCUAGUGGUCACAUGUUUGACUCAGUUAUCAUCAAAUUUGGUCAGGAUGCUUGUCUAGAUAAUUACUCAGAUGAGUAUGAACAUAGGUCAUUUUGGAUGAAAAACUAAGUCACAGAAGCUAAAAAUAAAAAAAAUCUUGUAAACACUCUAGUGGCUACUGUUUCUUGUAAACACUCUAGUGGCUACUGUUUUGAUCCAAGUAUCCUGGAAAUUGGUCUGAAAGUUUGUUUUGAUGAUUUCUAGGUCAAAUUUGAAUAUGGAUCACCUGGAGUUAAAAACUAGGUCACACUACUCAAAAAUAGAUGAUCCUUGUUAACACUCUAGUGGUUACAUUUUUGACUCACAUGUCAUGAAACUUGGUCAGAAUACUUGUCUAGGUAAUUGUUCGGAUGAGUUCGAUGGGUCAGGUGAGCGAUCUAGGGCCAUCUUGGCCCUCUUGUUUAUAAGAAAUAUUAUAUUUUUUUUUUACUUUUUAAGGUAUCUCCUUCAAUUUUCAAAUAUAUAUUUCUUAUCAUUACACACAUGUUGUGUGACAAGGGUCAUAACUCUAGCGUGACUAUUUCCAGAAUUAUUCCUUUGAUCUUGGAAUUUAUGUUAACAAUGUUAUUUUUUUACUCUAACUUAAUACAUAAUUAUACAUAAUUGAUUUUUUUUCUUACUGCGUCCAGUAUUUUAUAAGUCGAGCUUCGCUGUCUCCUGUGUUAGCUCUUGUUUUGAAUUCCACUAUAUAUGUGUGUCCGCUUACAUCGUGUAGGAAUUGUGUGAAGAAACAUGUUUAUUUUAUUUACAAAACAAAUAUUUACAAGUAAAAAAAAAACUGUGUAGCAAUUGCCAUUAUUUUCAAAUAUCAAAUUAGAGCAUCGCAUGUCUUUAAACUUGUGAAGGUAUUGUAAACACGCCUUUUUAUUUUCUGACGAUUAUUUUAUGCUUUUGAAGUGCAAAUAUGUUGCCUUUUAGCUGUGUUUUCUCUAACAAUAUGCAUUUAAUUUAUGUUGUGUAGUAAAUAGAAUACACAGAACGAAUAAUGAAUGGAAGGUUCAAAAACGGAGAUAUAUAUUUACUGAAAACAUUUCCGACCAGUACAUAGAACUAAUUAAAUCCCUAAAGAACGUGAAAAACGCUUAGUUUGCAAUUAUUCCUUGAAUAAAAUUACGAGAAUGGAAUGCAGGUCACAACACGCCACUUGCCCCUUGCUAAUUGUCAUUUGCUUCUUUCAAUUUGCUACUUUUCAAAGUAUUGGGAUAUUCCGAAACGUUGUGUAUAAACAAGAUACAAAACAAUUUGACCCCUUAACAUUUCGACACGAUUAAUCAGUCUGUUUCUUGCGAACAAAGUUUCUUUCUGCUGCGCUGCUUUUUCGUUUUCUCACUUUAUUCUUCUUAUUACACUUACAUAUCUUGUCAUUAUUAUUCGAUUAAUAAAGUUACAAUCCAUCUGAUUCCUGAUGAUGUUCAUGAUUGUGUUGUUAUAUUUCCGAUCAGCACUAGCUAAGUUUGCAGCGUACCCGUUUACAUUCUGUAUUUUAUUAUUGUGGAAAAAAGCAAUUGGCAUGUCGUGAUCGCUAUUCAAGAGUAUUAUAACAAGACGAAUGCAGUCAGUCAAUAAUUUUUGUUAAAAUCCCAUUGCCAGUGUGUUGAAAUAUUUCAAGGAGUAAGCAGCAUGUAGCAAACGUAAAGUAGCAAAUGGCAAAUAGCUAGUUGCAUGUAGCAAAUGACAUAUCGUGACCGGCAUCCUAUAGUUUUGAAAUAACUCCUGUGUAUAUGUCAAUAGAAAUACUAAUGAAUUGUAUUUAUUCAUGAAAAUAAAUACAGGGGAGAUAAUUUAAAAAUUAUUCAAGAUGGAGUAAUGAUUCUUUUACAGUGUACUUCCCAUCGUUUUUAUGUAUCCAUAUUUAAAAUUUCAUGGAUUUAAGAUACGGUUUGACACGAAUUUGGUCAAGGUGAUAGAGGCUAUAAAUAUUGGCCAAAUAUAACAGUGUUAUUUAGCUAGUGCUAUGAUAAUUUCAACAUUUUGUUUUCAAACAAACAUAGUUCAACCAAGGGUUCCUGAGUUAUGGCUUUCAAGGAGACCAAAAUAUGCAAACAUUGGCAUUUUUAAGAUAAAAUUUAUUUGAUGUAAGCACAGUAAGGUAUGGCUAGGUAUGUUUGAACAAUUAAAAUUUUACUCAGAUGACAACCAUGAUGACCGUCUUGUUUAACAUGUUGAAGUUUUUUUAAACUUACUAAAAAUAAUGUAUUUUACAUAAGUUUGCCAACUGUGACAUUUUUGUGUUUCCAAUAUUUGAUUAAAAUCAUUAUGAUAAGAUUAAGACAUCUCAUAACAAAUCAUGCAUUAAUAUAGCCUCAAUGUAAGUAUAUUUUGUAAUAACAAAAGUAUUUGAAUGUGUUUAGUUUUUGUUUCAGAGAUUGACGUUACUAGAGAGCAAAUAUAGAGAUCUUGAAAGUGUAAUAAAAACAUAUAAGGGACGUUUGAACUACGUCGAAAGUAAACAAGAGCUGCAAGAUAAACUUGUCGAAUAUUACCAGAAGUUUUGUGUGAAGACAUCACUUUGUCCUUUGAAGCAACAACAAGAUAAUAUUAACAUUAAAGAUAUAUAUGUACCUCCUGAAAUAGAAGUCAUUGAAGAAGAAAUAGAUGUGGAUUGUAGUGGAAAAAAUUCUAAGCAAGAUGUUGCUGUAGAAGAACAUUUCUUGAGGCUUUAUGAAAGAAAAGAAGAAGUGGGGGCAAAUCACAGUUUGGUAAGAAAUAAAUAUAGGGAAACGAAAAUUCCAUCAGUUGUUAUGGAUAAUAGAAGGGCAGAAAACCAAGAGAGGAAAUGUGUGAGAGGAUACCAUGAAAUAUUUCAUACGAAAGAACGGCACAACAAGAAGAUUUAUGUGUUGGGCGAUGUGGGCACAGGAAAGAGUACUUUUUGCAAAAUGAUGAUUGAAAAUUGGUGUUACGCUGUAACUGGUUUGGCCAAAGGAUCUAGUUUUGAUGAAAAUGUUACCGACAGAACGAUACCAAGCGACAAAGAUAAAGCUAAUAAGUAUAAUGAUGAUGUCAGUCAGUUGAGACAAUAUGAGUUUCUGUUCUUUAUACCACUGCAAUUUAUGUCAGCAUUGAAGUCAGACGUCACUGUUGAUAUGAUUAAAGAACUAACAAGGGAAUUCUCUUCUAAUACGGAACUUAUUGACAAGAUAUUUCAGGAAGACUCGAGACGAUGUUUAAUUAUCGCUGAUAGCUUGGAUGAGUGGAAGCCUCCUAAAGAAGUUGUGCAAAAACCACAUGUUAGCUACGGAAUACCAAACGGAGAUCGGGCUAAAGAUGCAACAGUCAUCAUAUUGUCUAGACCAUCAUCUACAGGAAUUCUCAAUUUGAAAAAUUCAGAAAUUGAUCUCAAGUUACAGUUAUUAGGUAUAACUAAUGAAUCGUUGAAGUCAUUCAUUAAACGAUACAUUUUUAAGUUCUCGGUAAGAAAAAAGUCUUGGUUUCAUUUUUUGUCUCUUUGUAGGUCAAAGGGAAUUGAGCACGUGGAGAAGACACCAUUGCUUUUGCAACAACUUCUAUGGUUAUACUGUAAUGACAAGGAACUUGGAAAUUCUGUAAGUGAAACGUACUGUCACAUAUUCAACACUAUGUAUGGCUGGUUAGAUCAAAAGACAAAAGGGCGUGAAAACGAUGCAAGUCAGACCAAGGAGGAUUACAAAAAGGUUGACCUACCUGCAAUGUUAAAAAAGUUUCCUAGAUUAAAGGAAAAAAGUCAUGUCCUAUUUCGUCUGGGUAAAAUUGCAUAUGAAACAUUAACUUCCGACAUACAAACUGCAUCUGGUCUUUCAUGUCUUAUUAAAAAAGAUUUAGUGGAUAGUGAUGUCAAUGAGUUAAAACGAUUUGGUAUUUUAAAUGAAAGUAACUGCUAUGACCCAACCCUAGAAGAUACACAACUUUCUUUCAUUCAUAUCUCUUAUCUCGAGUUUUUUGCAGCUUUAUAUAUUACAACGUACUAUACCAUUGACUCUAUAACAAAAAAUGAUUCGGUUUUAGAUGAGCUUUUUGGUACUUGUAAAUCAGCGAGUGAUGUAUUACAGUUAUCAAAUGUGAUCAAAAUGAGUUGUGAGUUGUCCCCUGCUCUUAUUAGUUAUUUGUCAAAACGAAUAUCAUGUAUUGUAAAUGAGGAUGAACAAAUUUUAAAUCUAAGGAAAAAUGAAAUUUUCAGACGGAAUGAUAAGGUCGUCCUGAUACAGCGUCUUAUUGUAACUUGUCUCAAAGAAUGUGGCUCUGAUAACAAAUCAUUGAUCACUCUGAGUGAUCUUUACAUUGAUGACUUUGAACAUUUUCCGCCUUUCCAAAUAAUUAUCCCUAAAGGUGUGAUUUCUAUGACUAUUAAAGACGAUAGAACUGCUAGUUAUUUGCCAUCACUCAAAUCAGUAUUACAAGAAGCACAUUUAAGACAUCUGACAUUAGCUCAUUUAGAAUGUUACCACAAUGGAGGACAUAAUAUUGAUCUGUCUAGACAGAAUCAUCUCCAAACACUCACACUAGUAGAGUGUCCGGAUGUAGUUAUAACAGGACUAAACACAGAGCAACUUGAAAAAGUUCUUAUUGAUAAUGAUUACGCUGUGCAUUACUUCAUCAAUACACUGAAUUUUAAUCUUAUAUCGCAAGCUAACAAGCUCAACGAGCUUCACUUACAAUAUCUUUCUGGUAACAUAGCAUCACUAGUAGCGUUAAUACAACACUUAACUUUAAAAGAACUGACUUUGAUAGGCAUAUCUGACAGUCAGUGUAAUGUUGGAGGUCAUGUAUCAAAUAAUCAGUCGGAUGUUGAAGGCGAUAUAAAAGGUGUAUCUGAUGAUCAGUCGGAUGUUGAAGGUCAUAUGAAAAGUAUAUCAAAUGAUCAGCCAGAUGUUGGAUGUCAUAUGAGAGGUAUGUCUGAUGGCCACUCUGACGUUAAAGGUGUUAUAAGAGGUGUAUCAUAUGAUCAUGAUCAGUCUGGUGUUGAAGGUCAUAUAAAAGGUGUAAUAUAUGAUCAGUCUGAUGUUAAAAGUCAUAUGAGAGGUAUGUCUGAUGGUCACUCUGACUUUGAAGGUCAUAUGAGAGGUUUUCCAGAUGAUCAAUCUACUGUUGAAGGUGUUAUGAGAGGUGUUUUUAAUACACAGCCUGAUGCUGACGCUCAUAUGCAUGCUAUAGAUCUUUCUAAGCAAAACAAGCUCCAAACACUUCAGCUGUAUGACUGUAAGAACAUGACAAUUUCCAAUUUAAACACUGAACAACUUGAAUAUCUACAUAUUUCGGACGGUGUUUUAGAUUUUGAUCUUUUAAAAAAUGCCAACAGACUGAUUGGCCUAUACUUACAUGGCAAGUUCUUAUAUCAGCAAGAUAAUCAUUUUAAGUACAGCGAACAGAUAAACGAUGUAGUUCAUACAUUACAUCACAUUAGAAUACUCAGGUUGGAAAUUGUAGAUAUAUAUAGCAAUUCACUAACUGUAACACCAGAAAUGAAAUGUCUCAGAGCAAUUGAGCUUUAUCAGGUAAACAUGAAGUUUGACACAUGGUGUAUAUUUGUUGAUAGUCUUUUGACUCUUCAACAAUAUGUUGAGGUUUUGGCAGCUCCAACAGAUGAAAAGAAAUGUUACUAUGUAAGAACUAAUUCAAAGUUUAAAGUAAUAAACAAAGUGAAAAGAAAAAUUCACUUUAAGUCUAGAAUAUAACGUUAUCAUGCACAAUCGAGCGUGGUACCUGAUAUAUGAUAUAAGUGAACAGAACAGAACUCAUCUUAUGAUACAGAAUAUAAUUUCCCUCAUGUAAAAAGAAAAACCUCGUUAAAAUAAUUAAAUGGAAGAAAUAAAGUGUCAUUCCUUAUUGACUAGUAAUCUAAGGAGUUUCUGUGCUGACGGGGUUGUUAUACAAAGAAUUGCCAUUAAUAAUGGUUACUACAAUGGAUUCAAGUGAUUUUGUUCUAUAAUCCGAGAUCUGUUGUUCUAUUUUUAAUCAUGGUUACAGUAAUCAGUACAAUACGUGAAAACACGAACAAAUCAUGUGGACUUUUGUGGUAUGAUCCAGUAUGACAUAUCAAUAUAUAGCAGAAAAAUAAAGUUUUCUUGAACAAACAAUUUAUUCAUGUCUUGGCUGUAAAUGACUUUCAUGAAAUUGAAAUUUAAAUGACUUGGCCAGCAGAGAUACAGGAAGUCCUUCGGCCACUUCGUGAAUAAGAUUUGCCCUUUUUAGUAAUAAUAAAAAAGACAAAAACGCAUUUUAAAAAAAUAAUUAUAUUGAUAGUAUAUGAUGAUUCCAAUAGAAUUUGAAACUUUGUGUAUCAAUAUAGUUUUAGAAAAAUUAUAAAUUGCUAUUGACUAAAAUACAUGGAACAUGAUGAUGAAUAUACUGUAGCACGAUGAGACAGAAUGAAACUAAAUCAUUAAUAACUUCUUGUCAUACAUGUCAAUUAAAUAUUUUAUUUAUACAUGUAUCAUUAAAAUUAAGAAAUUUACUCUGUAAACAUCAUUCACUUUUAAUGUAUCAUCACAGCUUUUGUUUGAUAAAUUGGUCAGUCUAAAUAUAAACAAUAUUUUACACACAUUGUUGGAUUUAAAGUUAAUCUUAUCAAAUGCAAAUUUUAAAUGUUAUUGAUGUGAUGCCGUUAAUCUUGAUUUCGAAGAUUAUAUAGUUCAGUACAUUAUUUGUUUAAAUUAUGUCAAGUGGACUGUAUUGUUACAUAUUUCUAUAUACUUAUAUUAAGACUGCUUUGACUAUUUAUUUUAGUUUAAGAUUUUUCUCUAUCAUCGUAUCAUUGCAAUAAAAAUGGCA